AUGCAUAGUCAACGAUGGAUAUUUACGUCACCCGGCGGAGAAAAUGAAUACAAAAAGCCUUCAGUUACCCGGGAACAUUACGACGCGGUUGUUGAAGCAAAGAAGGAGCGGGAUGGAAAUCUCAUCGAGACCGAAAGAGAGCGCAAGAGACGCAUGUUGGAGGAGUUCAUGUGGCAACAGAUGACCAAGAAGGCGUUGGAACAGAUCGAAGAAAAACAGCGGCGCGCCAACGAGGCCAAUGCCUGUAGUACGUACGCAGAGUCCUUCGUCCUUCCAGGAUUUGAAGUUAAAGAACUGGGCUUCGAAAUUGACGAAGAACUUCAACAAAAAUAUCCSUUGUACACUGAUGUAGUCAAGUCAAUACAUGUGAGRGAUGUUGAUAUGGUCAAAGCCAAAUCUCCAGUAUGCAAAUCUUAUCCAAAAAUGUUCAGAAAAGACAGUCGUUUUACCAGUCGCCUAAGCAAUUUAGGGGAUAUUAAUACUCCAGUUGAACCUGGCCAUUUCGCAUACGUAUAA